AUGUCAAUCUUUCAGCCAAAGCCUAGCAUCCAGCUAUCAACAGAUCAAGAACAGAGCAACAGUGCAUCUCAGCGCCCACAUACGUUCUCAAGAAAGUCAUCAAGCAGCUGGUCUAUUCCUUGCUGUAGUCAUAUCAGUCUUGGUAAAAGUGGAGGCAGAAUUCAACUACCAGAUGAUUCAGACAAUGAUAGUGCCGAUGAGGAAUACAAUCCACCUAGCUCGUCUCCAUUCAAUACUGCAUACAGCGAAGAUACCCAGAGCCAAAACUUACCCAAUGUCUUUUCACAAGCACAAGCACGGUCUCAAACAGCAUUAUCUCGAAAUCCUUUCGCAAGAGUGGACGAACAGCGUCAAAGCAAAACUGCAGAUAAACAGAUGACACCACAAACAGAGCACCAAAUCGAUAGCUUUAUCUCAGAGGCGUCUGGAGAAGAAGAGCUUGCCAACUUUACUCGAUCACGGUUUACAAAAUAUGACGAUGAACCUGAUUGGACCGAAGCUUAUAAGGACGACGGUGAUAAAGAUGAUGAACACAUUGAUCCAGUUAUAAAAGGCAUUCAAAUACAAGAUAAUGGAGCAGACAUUGAAGAUGAUGGAAAAAGCGACAUCUCAAAGGAUGCAUCGAAUACCCAGACCACUCAUACCGCCGAACCCAGUGUUAUAUCAACCGAGCAAACGCAUGAUACCAGCAGCAGUAUAGCUAGAUCAACCGACGAGGAGGAAGACGUUCAGACAGAGAAGAAGGAAGACAAAGUUCCUCAAAUUGAGGAGGAGGUGCUGCAUUUACUCCCUCUACCAGAAUUAUCUAACGAAAUCCCACCAGCAAUGAUUCACAAAAAAGCAUCGUUUGAAAAAUCAAUGUAUGGGGAGCAACCCCUCAUGUCUGUUAGUAGAAAUCAAGGUAGUCGAAUUUCGCGAUUUUCCAUGACAGAAGAGGAUUAUUUAGCCCUGAAGAAAGCAGAGGAGCAAGAAAGGAGAGUAUCGUCAUUAAAUGUACAAAGCACUGCAAGUUCAACACAUAGUGCUCAAAAUCAGAACACGAUUGCAAAAGAAGAGCAUCUACCAGCUGUAGGAGGCACUAACUCUCAACAAGAAUCUGUCAAGGAUGAUAGAAGAGCAUCCAUAGCACAAUCCAUAUUGGGGGACAAACUUGAUGACUUUACCGAGAAGCUAGCAUUCAUUAAAAAGAACAUUAUCAUGAGCAUCGAUUCUGAUGAAGAGGAUGACGAAGAAAUCAGUGCUGAAAAAAUACUAAAGAAGAUGGAACAAGUGAAAUCUACUAGUGCAAGUAAUCCCAACAGCAGCAUUUUCGAUCAAAAGCCACCCCCUACAUUGCACAGAAGAACCAGCUCUCUUAUGGAUGCAGUGCCAACUAUCGCUCGAUUUAUGAAUCAAAUUGGAGGAGGAAGUUCUGCGACACCGGAACCAUCUACAUCCACAAAUGUGCCGUUAUCUUCAUCACAAACCUCAACCUCAUCCUUUUCACCAUCCUCUUUAUUCUCAGCAUUAGCUGGACCUAUGCCUGAGCCAUCAUCCACGUUACCGAGCAACAAAAAGAUGAACGACAAGAGAGCGAUAAAAGAAGAAGGGAGUGGAGAUGAGGAUGAUGACGAAGAGCUUUUCGAUUUCACCAAGGUGCUGGAGAUUGGAAAAAAUGUCAAGACAUUUGGCGAAGGAUUUGUAGGCAAUGGUAUACGUAUGUUUAAUGAUGUUGCCACUCGUAUGAAAACCACCGUUGAAGAGGAACAGAGGAGAGCUGCUCAAAUAUCAGCACAAAAAAAUGAAAGUACAUCCACAGCAUCUUCAUCAAACAAUGAGAACGAAUGGAUGCAUAAUUAUCUCUAA